AUGAUCACUCAUGGUGGGCUAAUCCAUAAUGUGAAACUUAUGCGAAGAAGAUACAGGAGUACAUCAAGGACCAUACUUGUAAGCUGGCUGCCUCAGUACCAUGAUAUGGGACUGAUUGGUGGACUUCUUACAAGUAUGGGAUCCACUGUUGUGGUUGCAGGUUAUCAGCAAAAUCAUGCAACUCAUACUGCUGGACCAAACUUUGCCUUUGAACUUCUUGUUCGAAAAUUAGAAUUGAACAAGGUACAGAAUUUUGAUUUGUCCUCCUUAGUUUUCCUCAUGACUGCAGCUGAACCAAUUAGGCCGGCUACUUUGAAACGAUUUAUUGAGCUGACUCAGGCUUUUGGACUCUCCCAAGAGAAUGUAGAUCCUGAGACAGGUAAAGAGCUUGAAAAAUCAGAAAAUGAAGGGGAAGUUUGGGUUAGUAGUUUGAGUUCUGGAGUUGGUUACUGGGACAUGAAGGAGCUAAGUGAAACAACAUUCAGAAACAAGCUUGACAACCACUCAGGAAAGCUAUACCUGAGAACUGGAGAUCUGGGGCGAGUUAUUGAAGAUAUUGAGAAAACAGUUGAGAGCUCAUCUGAAAUUCUUCGUCCUGGCUGCUGUGCUGCUGUUUCUGUUCCAAGUGAGAUCUUAUUGGCAAAAGGCAUAUCUGUUCCUGAUGUUUCUGACCAGAUUGCCUUGGUUGUCAUUGCUGAGGUUCGAGAAACUAAGUUCUCGUCACAGGAAGUUGUUAAGAAGAUUGAAACCCGUGUGGCAGAAGAACAUGGUGUCAUUGUCGCUGCAACUGUACUGAUCAAGCCAAGGUCCAUAGCAAAACUACAUCAGGAAAGAUAA